UCACGACACGCUCAAGUGUGCCCGGGCCUUCCUUACCGUGAGUCUUAGUAGAACAACGGACAUGGGCGGUGAAGAAAAAAUGGGACAAAAUUCAGCGAUUGGUGGCGGCCAUGGCAAAACAAAGCAGGCAGGCACGUCUGAAGACAAUGCAAGUGGUGAUCGGGAACUAUGGCUGUUAUUAUCACCGGAAGUGGGAAGAUCAUUGGUUGAAAAGCUAGGCGACAGCCUUGACACAGCACAGCCAGGUACAAUCACUGCAGCAAAUUGGCAGCAGAGAGAGGGUGAGUCUGCUGAUGGUACCUUCGAGGGACAAUAUAUUGAGAUGCCCUGCCUUGUCGUGCUCCCCUCUGAUGAUGACAAUGAAGUUGAGAACAUCAAUGUACAGUUUCCGAUCUCCAGCAUCACCAAAGAGCCAUUGCAGAGUACAAGUGGUGCAAACAUGGGGGUCUUGCUGCUAACCGACGACAAACGUCCUGAGGAUAAACUCAAUGCAAAAACGGAAGAUAUGGAUCACCAGGAUGCCGACACUACUAUUGACAAUGCAUCGCCCACCAUCACUGCCACUGUUGCGUCGGCUACGUCCACUACAAUGGGAGCGCCAGGCACCACCGCCGCAGUACCAGGCACGUCCGAUUCCACCACACCACCACCCGACACCUCUGCCACGGCAGCACCAGGCACCGCCACUGACAAAACUGAUUGUCUUGAAACGGCAGAAAACAAAACUGACCUAGCGCUUCCAAUGGCCAGCAGCAACAGCUCCAGUGACGCAGUUCCCAGUGCAAGCCCUGCAGGCAAGGCAGCUGAAUCUGCGGCAAACAGCUCGAUGCAUGGGCAACAGUUGAAGUGUCUUGACAGCAAAGCUACCUCAGAACACCUGACCUGUUUGGCAACAGCAGAGCUACGUCCUGAGGAUAAACUCAAUGCAAAACUAGAAGAUAUGGAUCACCAGGACGCCGACACUACUAUUGACAAUGCAUCGCCCACCAUCACUGCCACUGUUGCAUCGGCUACUUCCACUACAAUGGGAGCGCCAGGCACCACCGCCGCAGUACCAGGCACGUCCAAUUCCACCACACCACCACCCGACACCUCUGCCCAGGCAGCACCGGGCACCGCCACUGACAAAACUGAUUGCCUUGAAACGGCCGAUAACAAAACCGAUCUGGCACUUCCAAUGGCCAGCUGUGACAGCUCUAGUGAUGCCGUUCCCAGUGCAAGCCGCACGGACAAGGCAGCUGAAUCUGCGGCAAACAAUUCGAUGCAAUGGCUACAUUCGAAGUAUCUUGACUGCGAAGCUGCCUCGGAAUACCUGUCCUGUUCCGCACCUGCAGAGCUACGUCCUGAGGAUAAACUCAAUGCAAAACUAGAAGAUAUGGAUCACCAGGAUGCCGACACUACUAUUGACAAUGCAUCAGGUACUUCCACUGCAACGACAGCGCCAGGCACCACCACUGAGACCGCACACCAACGCAGCGCUGCAGUACCAGGCACAUCCACUUCGACCACACCACCGCCCGACACCUCUGCCAUGGCAGCACCAGGCACCACCACUGAAAAAACGGAUUGUCUUGAAACGGCAGAAAACAAAACUGACCUAGCGCUUCCAAUGGCCAGCAGCAACAGCUCCAGUGACGCAGUUCCCAGUGCAAGCCCUGCAGGCAAGGCAGCUGAAUCUGCGGCAAACAGCUCGAUGCAUGGGCAACAGUUGAAGUGUCUUGACAGCAAAGCUACCUCAGAACACCUGACCUGUUUGGCAACAGCAGAGCUACGUCCUGAGGAUAAACUCAAUGCAAAACUAGAAGAUAUGAAUCACCAGGACGCCGACACUACUAUUGACAAUGCAUCACCCACCAUCACUGCCACUGUUGCAUCGGCUACUUCCACUACAAUGGGAGCGCCAGGCACCACCACCGCAGUACCAGGCACGUCCAAUUCCACCACACCACCACCCGAUACCUCUGCCAUGGCAGCACCGGGCACCGCCAUUGACAAAACUGAUUGCCUUGAAACGGCAGAAAACAAAACCGGCCUGGCGCUUCCAAUGGCUAGCAGUGACAACUCCAGUGACGCAGUUCCCAGUGCAAGCCCUGCAGACAAGGCAGCUGAAUCUGCGUCAAACAGCUCGAUGCAUGGGCAACAGUUGAAGUGUCUUGACAGCAAAGCUACCUCAGAACACCUGACCUGUUCCGCAACAGCAGAGCUACGCCCUGAGGAUAAACUCAAUGCAAAACUAGAAGAUAUGAAUCACCAGGACGCCGACACUACUAUUGACGAUGCGCCAGGCACCACCACUGAGACCGCACACCAACCCAGCGCCGCAGUAGCAGGCACGUCCACUUCUACCACACCAACACCCGACACCUCUGCCACGGCAGCACCAGGCGCCGCCACUGAAAAAACGGAUCGUUUUGAGACUGCCGAAAACAAAACCGACCUGGCGCUUCCAAUGGCCAGGUGCGGCAGCUCCAGUGAUACAGUUCCCAGUACAAGCCGUGCGGACAGCGAAGCUGCUUCAGAACACCCGACCUGUUCUGCACCAGCGGAGUUGUACAUUACGAGUCACAAGACUCCUGAAGAUAGUAUGAAAGCAGAACUAAGAAGUGUGGACCACCAGGAGAGCGACACAUUUAUCAACAAUGAUUUCCUGCACACGGCCGAACAUGCAUACAAUGUGCCACUUCCGAUGCUCAGCAGGGAUGCCUCUGAAGAUGUGCUUCCCAGAGUUCGCAGCAUGCGCAGAAAGGCAGCUGAAGCUGCGAUCAACAAAAUGAUGAACUCAACCGGCUCCACACGAAAGAAAAAGGCUACAAAUACCAGCAAUGUUGACGGCAAUGCCCACCAUCGCAAGAAAUCAUCAGGGAACCGAUGCCACGAAUGCCAGAGAAACUGA